AUGGACGGCAUGAACCCGGAACAGUUCAACAAGACGCUCGCUGCCAUCAACGAGAACAUCAACGACGACGAUGGCAAGGAGCUGCUCGUCGCCAUUGCCGCUCUGGUCAUAUCAAUUGUCGCCCUCGUUGCCGCUCUCCUCCAGGUUGCUCAGCAAUACUACGCUUCCGCCGCGGGUUACUCCAGUUGUGGCAGCAAAGUCAUAGGCAAGUGGUCAGAGUCCAAGAAGCGCAUCCUCAAGUUUACCGAGUUCCGCUUCGAGGUCCAAUUCGAAACCCCCGUCAUAUUCUUAUGCCCGCCGAAGAACACAAAGGGUCCCGUCAAAGGCCAGCCCAUCAUCUUCAUUGACGGUUCGGAGAAGAGCUUGCUGGAAAGUCGUUCCGACCCCUUGGGUCCGCCCCAAAAAAUCAUUCAUGGUGUCUCCGAAAAAGAACUGGCCAAGCAAUCGGUCCACACGGCCGACAACGAACGCGCUUCCUGGGUUACGCUUCUAUCCGCUCUGCAGCAGAUGGAAAAGGACUCAAGGGAAUGGCAGAAGAAACAGUAUCUUGAAACUGUCUUCCACAAGCCCCCGAAGGGUUCCAAGGAAUCUACCCAGAUCGCGACUCAAGAGGAAAUGGAUCAGGUACUCCAAGGUGUCAGUGACAAGUACACGUUGACGGUUGCCAUUCAGAAGAAGCUCAGAAGCUGGGACACCAUGCCGGCAAACGUCAAGAAGCCGUAUGCCACCACGACCUGGUGUCAUGUCGUCGAGAUGCUGGCCAUGCUCGGCGUGUACUGGAUUGAAUUCAACAGGACCACCGAUAGAUACCGUGCCGAAGGUAACGGCUACACCGUCACGGGGGAGAAAGUCAGCGACCUUGGCAUCAUGUUCACCUUUCAAGUCUAUGGCCAGAGCCGUUUUGAGAGCAAUCGCGUCAUACCCGUCGACGAGACCAAGGAACUGUGCUUCGGCUUCGUGCCUACCAUUUACAAGUCAAACUCGGACAGUCGACGUCUGAAACUAUCAAACGACGGGCCCAAAGACCUCUCCAUUUUGAACUUUGCCAGUCGACACGAAGUCGCCGAGACGCUGGUCUUGAUCGGAUGCAAUACGAACACGGUCAACUACUUCUCCGACUCUUCGACAGCCCAGGUGUCCCACCUGUUUCCCAUCCCAUUUGAGAUCAUAGGCAUGUUGGGACGGACGCUUCACAUCGAGAGGAGUGCAUUUCGUUUGCUUCCCAACCCGACCCACCACCGAUGGGAUACGAUGAACUUUUCGUUGCCACGGCUGCUGCAUGCGUUCGCUAAACAGAUGGAAACGCUCAGGCGGGGUCAGUUGUCCCCUAGAAUUGUUGGCAAAGCGAUCCGGAAGCAUACCAAAAACAUCCAAGGCAUCAUCACGACCUCCAACCAAGGUGAUUGGCUAAGCCUGCCACUCAUGGAUGCAUUGCACGCAGCCCUGGGCGACAUGGACGAGAUUCUCACGGCGCGGGCCAAGGACAACCGGCCCAGUGUGCUACCCCGGGCCUACUCGACAUUAACCCGGAAGAAUACCGACGUGACAGAAGGCCACACCGAGGUUGCAAUUGAGAGCGCACGGCGUGAGAUGGUGCAGGACGUCCUGCGAAGUCACAUCCAGGAGGUGCUUGCUGGCCUCAACGAGAAACCGGAAAAGGCAACGCAGAAGACUCCGGGCAGCAACGUGUCUCUGGGCACCGAUCCGAAGAAACAACGUCAAUUCGAGGAGAUUGACGCCGCAGCCCCAGAGCUCAAGCAAGAAAAGCUCAUGGAGAUAUACUUUCGCGUGGUGCGGAGGAAGGUAAUCGAGGAGUCGCAAGAGUCGGCCGACAGACGAGAAAUGGUGGGAUUCGGCGGCUUGAAGAAGAGGCAGCAGACCAACUUUAGCACGCGGACGGCCGAGACGAUGGAUGACGACGACGAGCCAGUGGCGCUGUUCAUGUUGGGCGAAGAGCACGUCAGCCACGAGGAUAUCUGGUGUACACUCGUCUUCCGGAUGAUCUGCUGGCUCAUGCUACACGACUUCCACAAGAAGGACGUGCAGGUGUCGACGAAGAGCGAGCUUCUGGGUAGCCGUUUGCCGGUUUACAUCUCUUGA